AUGGCUAAGACAAAGGAAAUUGACAUUGUUGAUGGAUCAUUUAAAGAACAAUACAAAAGGAUACAUGAAUAUGCACAUGAACUUCUGAGGGCCAAUCCUGGUUCAACAGUUAAAGUAACCAGUCAACCAUUCCAAGGUGAAGAAGAAAGCAUUGAGAAUCCUCAAAUUCAACUGAAUCCACAUUUUCAGAGAAUGUACAUCUAUUGUAAGGCAUGCAAGGAAAGAUUUUUCAAGUGCAGGCAUAUAAUAGGUUUGGAUGGAUGCUUCUUGAAGGGUUACUAUGGUGGACAGAUUCUUGUUGCAAUUGGGAGGGAUCUCAAUGACCUGAUGAUGCUAAUUGUUUUUGCUGUGGUGGAGGGAGAAACCAAAGAUUCUUGGAGUUGGUUCCUUGAUUUAUUGAUAUCUGAUCUUGGAGGGUCAAGGAUAUGCCAAACCUACACUUUCAUAAGGGCUCUUACCAGCAAUAUAAGAAUUGUUGCCUCAUGUGGAUCAGAGGUUAUGUUUCAGGCUAUGCUGGAGAUGAAAGGUGUUAAUGAGAAUGCCUUCGAGUAUUUGAUAAAGCUGCCAGCUAGGUAUUGGAGCAAGGAAUUCUUCAAGCCAUAUCCUCUUUGUGAUGCCUUGGUGAACAACAUGUUAGAGGCUUUCAACUAUGUGUUUGUGACUUCUAGGGAUAAACCUAUAAUAACCAUGCUUAAAGAAAUCAGGGUAUACCUCAUGCUAAGGUGGGAGUCAAAUAGAGAAAAAAUUGCCAAGUUUGAAGGAGAUAUUUUGCCAAAUAUCAAGAAAAAGCUUGCAAAAGAAUCUGGAAGAACAAACUACUGGAUUGUGAGGUUAUGGAUGCUGACUGGUUUACCUUCCUGUCAUGCUAUGAGUUGCAUGAAAUCACAACAACUUGAUGUUGAAAAAUUUGUGCCUGACUGUUACAGAAAAGUUCCUUAUGAGGCAUGCUAUGCAAGUGUUAUUUUUCCAGUUAAUGGAGAAAACCUGUGGGAGAAGAAGGACUAUGUUGAAUUGCAACCACCACCUAUCAAAAGGCAGUCGUGA